AUGGACAGAAGAAAUCAGAUCAACAUCUAUGAGUUUCUUUUCAUGGGCCUCUCUGAACGGCCAGAGCAGCAACCUCUCCUGGUUGGGCUCUUCCUGGGCAUGUUCCUGGUCACUGUGCUGGAAAACCUGCACAUCAUCCCAGUCAUUGGCUCUGACAUGCACCUCCACACCCCCAGGCACAUCUUCCUGGCUAACUUGUCCUUCUUUGACAAUCGUUUCAUCUCUACAGUAAUUACCCAGUUGCUAGAUAACAUUGGCUCAGGAAGUAAACUGAUUUCUUAUGGUGAAGGUCUUAUACAACUCUAUUUCUUUGGCCUAUUUGCAGAUCUGGACAACUUUCUCCUGGCUGUGAUGGCACCUGACUGCUAUGUGGCUAUCAGCUACCCCCUCCAUUAUGCCAUGACCAUGAACUCCCAAUGCUGUAUCCUGUUGGUGGAUGGGUCAUGGGUGGUCACUACCCUCCAUGCCCUAGUGCAUACCCUCCUAGUGACCAGGCUUUCCUUCUGUGGCCCCAAUAUCAUACCCCAUUUCUACUGUGAUUUCUACUGUGUCCCCCUCCUGAAGCUAGCCUUCUCCAGUACUUAUGUGCAUAACCUGAUGUUCAUCCUUGUGGCAGGAACACUGCUAAUCGGACCCCCUGUCUGCAUCCUUACAUCUUACUUUUACAUUGCAUUGGCUGUUCAAAGAAUUGAUUCCCCAAAGGGUAAGCAAAGGGCCUUUGCCAACUGUUCCUCCCAUCUCUCUGUGGUCUCUCUGUAA